GGGCACCGAGUCGUCUGGCAAGACUGCGGGGCACCGAGUCGUCUGGCAAGACUGCGGGCACCGAGUCGUCUGGCAAGACUGCGGGCAUCCCGAGUCGUCUGGCAAGACUGCGGGCACCGAGUCAACUGGCGGGACUGCGGGCACCGAGUCGUCUGGCAAGACUGCGGGCACCGAGUCGUCUGGCAAGACUGCGGGCACCGAGUCGUCUGGCAAGAUGCGGGCACCGAGUCGUCUGGCAAGACUGCGGGCACCGAGUCGUCUGGCAAGACUGCGGGCACCGAGUCGUCUGGCAAGACUGCGGGCACCGAGUCGUCUGGCAGAACAGCGGGCACCGAGUCGUCUGGCAAGACAGUGGGCUCCGAGUCAACAGGCACGACAGUGGGCACCGGGUCAUCAGGUAUCGGAUUGUCUGGCUCGACAGCGGGCAUCGGGUCACCAGGCAUCAGGUCAUUUGGCUUGCCAGCGGGCACCGCGUCAUCUGGCAAGGCAGUGGGCACCGGGUCACCAGGUAUGACAGCGGGCUCUGAGUCAAUUGGCACGACAGCGGGCACUGGAUCAGGUACCGGAUCAUCUGGAUCAACAGCGGGCAUCGAGUCAACUGGCCUAAUAGGAUCGUCGGGCUGGAUCAGUUCAUCAUGCUGAGUAGCGGCAUCAGGCUGAAUGCAGGCAUCAGGCUGAGGAGAGG